AUGGCUGAGGAGCAGCAAACAUCCGUCCCAGCGGCGCUGAUGCCCGUGGGGAAGCCGCUGAGCCUGAUCCCCGUGGUCCUGAAGGAAGCCGCGCUCGACAGCCCGACGUUUCGCGCAACCGCCGUUCACUUCGGCGAUCAAAUCGACCUCGUCGAGAAAUGGCUGGAGAACUACGUGAAAGCGGCUGGCAAGCUCGUCCAGGAGGUUUCCAACCUCGAAAACACCGUGAACGCCUUCAUCGCCCACUCCGAACCACCGUCGUACAUCUCCGAGGCCGUCAUAGACCAUGACUACACCAUGCUCGCUGUCAAGCGCUACAGCGAGGGCGCCAGGGAGUUUUGGCAGGCCACGAUCAAGGGCAUGAAGAGGACCGACUUCACCAUCCUCGAGCCCCUGCGAGCUUUCCUCCAGACCGAUCUUCGCGCAUUGAAGGACCUGCGCCGGACCCUCGACACCACCCAGAAGCAAUUCGACGGCCUGAUCGCACGCUACGCUGGGCGCAAGAAGUCGGAGGAAGCCUCGUCGCUGCGAGAGGAGGCUUUCCAGCUGCACGAGGCCCGGAAGGCGUACAUCAAGGCCGCCAUGGAUUUCUGCAUCAUGGCGCCGCAGAUCAGGACCGCGCUGGACAAACUGUUGGUCAGGGUCUUCUCCGAGAGGUGGAAGGAGAUGAAGUCGUUGAGGGAGGCGACGGACAAGAUUUACACUCAGUACACUGGUGAGAUGGAGCGCGUCAGAGGCUGGUCCAGGGAAAUGGAAAACAGCGAGAGAGUGUUCAAGCGCGAGCUUCACCUUGCCCGGAAACAGCUCGAGGACAGCGCCGAGGCUGGCGUCCGGCCUUCGCGAGAACUGGAUGACUAUACCAUUUCGACUGUGCCAUAUAUCGGAUCGCACGGCUCGAUGCAGUCGCCAGCAAAGCCCGGCGGGGAGAGGUCGGAGAAGCAAGGAUGGCUCUUCGAGCGAACCAUCACGGGCAAACCGGCAAGGACGGUUUGGGUAAGGAGAUGGUUCUUCCUCAAGAACGGCAUCUUUGGUUGGUUGGUUCAUGGCGCACGCUCAGGUGCAGUGGAGGAGUCGGAGAAGGUUGGAGUGUUACUUUGUGGUGUGCGGCCUGCAUUCCAAGAGGAACGCAGGUUCGCUUUUGAGGUUAAGACGAAAGACAAGACGAACAUGUUACAAGCUGAGAGUCAGAGCGAGCUGAUGGAUUGGAUUUCUACUUUUGAAGCAGCGAAGCGCAAAGCCUUGGAGGAUCCCGCCAGCACAGGAGCCACCGCUACCCCGUCCGCCGAUGCCGCGUUUGCCAUCAGCCCCCCUGUCGCCCCCGAAUUCGCGGCCCGCGCCGGAGACCACAAUCCUCAUGGAAGUGACGACCUUUCUACGCUCAAGCACGCCGAAACCCUCCCGGUAUCUAACCCGGACAUGGCGAAUCUCGCGACUCGUAGCAGCUUCGACGUUAGCGGUAAACGGAAUGCUCAGGGCGACAAGGACGGAGAAAGCAGCAGCCGCGACCACGCCGCCAGGAUUAUCCAGAAACUCGACCUCCAUAGGAGAACGACAGCGAAUCCGCAGCUCAGUAGUAUGCCUUCAUCGCCAAAUCCUUCGACAGGCAUCGCCGGUCUUAUUUCAGCCAGUCACAAUAUUCACAACUUCCUCCCAGUAGCGCCUCAAUCUAGUUCGCCCAUGCUCUCAGCCGACGGCCGCGCUGCCACCAUGCCGAUCAGUUCCCUCGCGCCGUCGACGUUCGCCAACCCGCCCGCACCUACGAACCUAAGCAAGACCGCCGUCAUCGUCAGCGGCGAACGAGGAAUCGGUGUCGGUCGCCAAGAUGGUGUCAUGCCUUCUGGACUCCUGGCCAACCUCUGGGGAUCAACGAACUGGGGCUAUGUCAACCGAUUUGAGAGAGGAGAGAUCAAGUCCGCCCGGGGCCACGCAGUCUCUCAGCCCCCAAGCCCCGUAUCACGUGCUAUCACCGCUGCUGACAUUAGUGAUUCUGUCUCUGAUAUUGCCAAGGACGUUGCGACUACUGGGGCCUCACCGUUGCCACCCUCGACACAUCGGAAGACCCUCAGCGCCAGCAUGACUCCGGAACCAAUAUUGACCAAGCUGGAGCUUCCUUCGCGCCCGUCGUCUUCUUCGGACGAAUACCCGAGCUCGUAUCCUCUAGCGCUGAGAGCUCAGGACGUCCAAUUCCGACUGCUCUUCCCUAAUGUACCACUCGAUGAAAAGGUCGUCAUGGUGUUUAGGGCGACUUGGAAUCCAAAUGAGCAGCAGGAGUUCCCUGGCCGUGUUUACGUCACAGCGAGCAAUGUUUACUUCUACAGCAACCACCUCGGCCUCGUUCUCGUUACCAGUGUUGGUCUCAACGUAGUCGAUGAGAUCACUGGCGCUCCAGGCCGCGAUUGCGACUUCCUCUUCAUCCACAUGAAAGAAGGAGUUCGUCCCGACGACUACAGCCGUGUAACGGUCAAGAUCUUCCUCGAGCCCCUGAAGCUCGUCCAAAGACGUCUCAACUACCUCGUGCGCAACUGCAAUUCCGACAACCACGAUAGUUUGGACGGCAUCAUCAGAACCCUCAUCAGGAUGGAGGGCAAUGGCGGCGAAAGUCCUAGCAUGGAGAGCUGGGACAACGUCUCCAAUAUCGACACGCCCAUCGAAGGACCCAUGCGCCGUGAUACCCUGGGCAAAGCAGGCCUACGCAUUGACGGCGAUCUCUUCGCCAACACAACCUCACUUACUCGUAAGCCUACAAGGUUUAAGUUGCCCCUUCAACCUGUAGUGUACAGGCCACAAGGCAUGACGCUGGUAGCCACGGAGCGUGAGUUCGACAUCAGUGCCAAGGCGCUUUUCCACGUCAUGUUUGGCGACAAGAGCGCAGUAUUCCAGAUGCUCUUCCGCGAGCGCUGGCCUCAAACCGUUGUUCAAGGCCCCUGGGUGCAACAGGAAGGUGGUCUUCAGCGCCGCGAAUUCGAGUACCGUGCGACUGCCGAAUCGCCGGCGGUCAUCCGCGAUUACCAGAUCAUCGAGGUGCUGAACGAUCACCUUUGCUACGUUGUUGCGGACAAGAAGACACCAUGGUAUCUCCCCAACUCCAAAGACUUCGUCCUCAUAAGCAAACUGGUCGUCACCCAUGUUGCGAAGUCACGCUGCAAGCUUGCUGUUUACACGAAGCUGGAGUGGACGAAAGAGCCGAUGCUUAUCAGAAGCAUGAUCGAACGCCAAGCGUUUGAGGACUUGGACCUCGAAGCACAAGACCUGAUGGAUAUCAUCGCGGACCAAGUCGGUCGAUUGGGCAGGGCAAGCCGCACUCGCAAGGCGGUUCAGAUUUUCGGCUACCUCGGCCAACAGAACCAAACGGUGCAAGUCGCAGAGAUGCUCACGCCCGUCAAAGAACGCAGAUUCAAACUGCAGAAGAAGACGCUCGACAGCAUGUUCUGGGACCUGGGCCGCGCCAUGGCCGCCAACUGGAUCUCGACCGCCAUCACCGUCUUCACCGGCGUCAUCGCCGCCAUCGGCAAGGUCUUCACGGCGCACACGAUGCUCCUGGGGCUCCUCGCCUUCAGCGGCGGCAUGAACCUCCUCUGGAGCUACCGCGACACGUGGACCUGGUGGCAGGAGCGCAACGCCGGCAAGUUCAUGGCGCGCAUGGGCGUCACGCCCGACGUGGUCAUGAGCAAAGCCGUCUACCUCCGCGACAUCGACGAGAUCUUCGUCAACGACACCAUCGCCGCCGACUUUGGCAUCGGCCUCGCGCGCGGUGGCGGCAGCAGCAGCGUGGAGCACGGUGUCGUCGGCGACACCGACGAGCAAACCACACCACCCUCGCAGAACAACAACAACUGCCAGCAAACCUUCCUGCAGCUCCUCCACAACCCGGACCACUCGGACUUCCAGCCCUACGCCAGCCAGUUCGCGCCGCACCUGACGCCGUCGACGCGCGCGACGGGCACGCGGCUGCACCGCACGCGCCAGAACCUCGCCGCCUACCGCCACGACCUGCUCGUCGCCAUGCGCCUCGUCAACCGCGUCGAGCGCGAGGUGCUGCAGGCCGAGUGGGAGAACUGGGUCCUCGACGAGAACGUCCGGUGCAGGCGCGUCGGCGACAUGAUCCGCAAGCGCAACGAGACCGACGGCGGCAGCGUGGACGCGGUCAUGGAGUGGUGGGUGGGGUAUUGUGGGGAGUGCAAGAGGGCGUUGGAGGGGUUGGAUGUGGUGGGGUUGAGGUGA